GAAUACAUUAUUCGUGUGCAGAGAGGGAUUUCCAUGGAAAACAGUUGGCAGAUUGUGAGAAGAUACAGUGAUUUUGACUUGCUUAAUAAUAGUUUGCAGAUAUCAGCUCUAAGUCUACCUCUGCCUCCCAAAAAGUUGAUUGGAAAUAUGGAGCGUGAAUUCAUAGCUGAAAGACAGAAAGGACUCCAGAGCUAUCUUGAUGUAAUCACUACCAAUCACAUACUGUCUAACUGUGAACUGGUAAAGAAAUUCCUGGACCCAAACAACUAUUCUGUAAACUAUACUGAAAUUGCCUUACAGCAUGUUUCAAUGUUCUUCCGGUCAGAGCCAAAGUGGGAGGUGGUAGAACCACUGAAAGAUAUAGGCUGGAGAAUACGUAAGAAAUAUUUCUUAAUGAAGAUUAAGAAUCAACCAAAGGAGCGACUAAUGUUAAGCUGGGCUGACCUAGGCCCUGAUAAAUUCUUGUCUGACAAAGAGUUGCAAUGUGCUGUGAAACUUCUUUCUGCUUGCUCUCACCCUUACAUUUACAAGGUCACUUUUGCUACAGCCAAUGAAUCCUCUGCGCUGGUAAUCAGACCAUUCAAUGAGAAAGGAACGCUAAAAGACCUUAUUUAUAAGGCAAAACCAAAAGAGCCAUUCCUGAAAAAGUACUGUAAUCCCAAAAAAAUCCAAGGUCUUGAACUUCAGCAAAUAAAAACAUUUGGGAGACAAAUACUAGAGGUAUUAAAAUUCUUGCAUGAAAAAGGAUUUCCGUAUGGCCAUCUUCACUCUGCCAAUGUGAUGUUGGAUGGUGAUGCAUGCAAAUUACUAGAUCUAGAGAAUGCCUUGCUAGGACUUCCAUCAUUUUAUCGAUCAUAUUUUUCACAGUUUCGGAAAAUUAAUACGCUAGAAAGCAUUGAUGUUCAUUGCUUUGGUCACUUACUGUAUGAAAUGACUUAUGGGAGGCCUCCAGAUUCGAUUCCGGUGGACAGCUUCCCUCCUGCCCCAUCGCUGUCUGUUGUGUCUGUGUUGGAAUCCAUACUGUCAUGUGACGCCAUGAAGAAUGGCAUGCCAACAGUCUCCCGGCUCUUACAGAUGCCAUUAUUCAGUGACGUUCUGCUAACAAAUUCUGAAAAGCCACAGUUCAAGAUUCCCACUAAGUUAAGAGAGGCAUUGAAAAUUGCCAAGGAAUGCAUAGAAAAGAGACUAACUGAAGAACAGAAAUUGAUUCACCAGCACCGAAGACUGACACGGGCUCAGUCUCACCAUGGUUCUGAAGAAGAAAAAAAGAGGCGGAAGAUCUUGGCACGAAAGAAGUCAAAACGCUCAACCUUUGAAAGCGGGGAAGAACAUUCAGCAAAAUACAGCAACUCAAAUAAUUCAGCAGGCUCUGGGGCGAGCUCCCCGUUAACAUCUCCGUCAUCUCCCACUCCACCCUCGACGGCAGGAGCAUCGUCAAUACCCCCUCCACCUCCACUGCCACCACCAGCAGCUCCCCCUCCUCCUCCUAAUACAGAUGUGCCAAUGCAGCCUGACCCUCGGCCUGCUGUCAGUACAAGCCGAGGAGCCUUACUUAGCUCCAUUCAAAGGUUUCAGAAAGGAACUUUGAAGAAAACAGAGACGUGUGACCACAGUGCUCCCAGGAUCAGUUGAAGUUACUGGUUACGCCAAGAUUGGAUUCCCUCCCAUGUUCUUCAUGGACAGAUGCCCUUCUCACUUGAUGAUUGAGCCACCAGCGAGGGGUGGUAUUCUGCAGCUGUCUCUUCAGACCCAUUUCAGCUUGUUCUAGGAAUUUCUCUCCUUUAACUAGCAGCACCACCGUUUGACUUGCAUUGCCAUGCCCUGGUGACAAGUAUCCACUUUCUCUAUUCCAGGUAAAGGAAUUCUGGUCUUUAGCCAAAUGCAUGUUUCUAGAGGUGCAGCAGGUUGGGUUUUUUUUCUACCAACAAAUUAAAGACUGAAAUUAGGAACAGCUCUGACAAUGGUGAAUCAGUAAUUUUUAUUUUCUCUGAUUCUUCUCUUCCCCUUGUUUCAAAUGCUCAAAUCUAAUUUUGGUUUGCGCUGAGUUACUUUCCAGCAUUGUCUUAUAGUUGGCACAUUAAAUGUUUGCUGCACCAAAUCGGCAACUUUGGUUUAGAUCAUUUAAAAAAAGCACUUAAUCCAAAGUGUAGCAUGCAGGUGAGGGAGAGGGAACUGCGGCCUUGAUUCUGUCUCCACGUGUUUGCUGUUGGAGAGUAGCCUGAAUGCUGGUCAGGAUUACACGUGCUUGAACUAACCACCCCAAACCUGCUCUUCCUAGCUAUCUAUUGCACUUGCAGGGGAAAUGGUGUGUUAAUUCAAGAAAUAAUUGAAGAGGGAGUUAAUUUGGCACUGGAAUGUUAUUCAACACACCCAAGUUUUUCAUCCACAUGAAACUAAUUUUGGUUUUGGGGAAAAUCACAAAACACAAUUUUUACAAGUUAAUAUCUUUAUUUGAAAGAUCCUUUAUUCUAAGAUUUGCUUAAAACCUUAAACAAAUUGCACUUUAAAGGAUUAUGAUAAUCCAUUUUUAAAUUCAAGUACAUCAGUGUUUGUUACUAUGCAGAGAAUGUCUGUGUAUAAAGUUUCAUGUAACUUGUGAUAUAUAUUCAGUCAUAUUUUUAUUAAAAUAAAUGUCAAUGGAAUUUCUCCAAUCAGAAUGGUGGUAGAUGCUUUCAGAUCUGUUGCAAACCGGACUUUGCAAAGAAAUACCAAUGCAAGCUUCUGCUUGCAUACAAAUUAAGACAUGUUGGCAUUACUAAGUGGAGUGAGACAAGGAGCUGCCCUUGUGCAUGAGGGUAGAAAUUGAGGUCUUGAAUAGCAGAGUAACAGUUCACUAAGGCGAUACCACAGAAGCAAGCCUGGACACGCCAGAUAUCUGCAGGUGCAUCUCUAAGAUGCUCCCUGUACCCAAGCUCGUUCAGUCAUGAAAAGGCCAAGGUGCAGGCUCCCUUUAGCCUUGGCUGUGUUCAUCUGCAGAGGGAUUUAAGAACGCUGGUGUGCUAUACUAGCAAAAUUGUUUCUACUGUAAAAGCUGUAGCAGCUGAGCUGAGCUGAGCUGAGCCCUUGUAUUGGCAUGGGAAAGCUGCCACAAGCUAUCCUAGCACAACACUCUAGCUGAUCAGCAGUAAGAUGCUGGCAUAUGCGUGUCAGGGAUUUUGCUCAGGUUUAGCUAAUCCCCAUUGUCCACAAACCCCCUGUAUUUUAAAGUACUGUGGCGGUUGUCUAAUUGUGGCAUAGUAACACGUAUCUACUAUGUAAGCUUUACAGGGCUCCUACCUGGGUUUUAUUCUUUUAACUACACUGUAGAAAGCCUUUAGAACUAAGCCAAACAGUUAACAGGGUGGAGGAAAAUCUUCCUCGGGCUACUGUUUUACCAUACCAGGUACUUCAGCUGAUCUGAAACUGAACUGAGUGAAGGGGGUCAGGGGACUAGAAGCCAAGAACAGCUUGAUUAGGCAAUGCUGGAGAGACUGUAGGUAGAAGGAUUGAAAUAAUUGAUUUACUAGGUAGAAGCUUUUUUGGGGGCUCCUUGCUGAAAUUACUUGUCAACCUCAACUGGAGUCUUCGCAGCUCUGGAGCCCCAAAGCAUGAACAGAAAGUCCAGAAGUGCAAGUCCAGCACGCAUACUUUCUGUGGUAAUGGCUCCAUCACCACACCUAUUUCUAGAAAUAUGCACCCUAGUCUUACAGCUCUAAUUAAGUAGCAGGUGCAAAAGAGGCCCGUGCAAGUGCAGACUGACAUCUGGGUUGUGAUAAAAGGCAGCUGUAGAGCCAGUCUAAACCUGCAGCGUCCACCUCCACUGCCCUGUAGCAGUCCUUAGGCUGUUCUUUCAUUUUCAAACCACUCAUUUGACCUGUUUUAAGUAGUAGACAGACAGCACGGCUGGGUAGUCAUUUAUUUCUCAUACUAAAUUAAGACCAUUUAGAAUGAGACUUUUUCUCUGACGGCAAUAGAAGAACAGUCUGUUCACUGGUACCAUCAGCUCUCAGAGAGGGUACAGAUUCAAACUUACAGCAUGAGACUGGCACAAACAUAGCUAUAUACUUCCCCA